CUGCAUCUGUGAGGAUGAGCAGGACGCUCAGCAUGUCAACCCAGACAGUCGGGAACGUGGCCUCUGUGCCGUUUGAGGAACAGUUCCGGUGCUGCAUCUGCCUGGACAUCUUCGUCGACCCCGUCUCCAUCCCAUGUGGACACAACUUCUGCCUGGACUGCAUCGAAGGCUUCUGGGACACCAAGGACAAGUCUGAAUGUCCGCUGUGCAAAGAGACGUUCAUAAACCGUCCAGACCUGAGGAUCAAUCGAGCCUUUUCUGACAUCAUUGAGUUCUUUAAAAGGUCGCUCAGGCCGACUCAAGAGGAGGAUGUUGAAAUCGUACAACCAAACCAGCUGCCCGAGGGUGAGGAGGUUCUCUGCGACGUCUGCCACGGAGACAAGUCCACCUCGGUGAGGUCGUGUCUGGUGUGUCAGGCGUCUUACUGUGAAACCCACUUGGCGCCUCACCAGAGGGAUCCAGCGCUGCAGAGACACUGGCUCACGGAUCCGGCCACCUUCGCCACCAGUCACCUGUGUCGGAAGCACAACAAGCCGCUGACCAUGUUCUGUAAGCAGGACCAGACUCCUGUGUGUGCCAAAUGUGCCGAGAGGGACCAUAAAAACCACAAGACCGUCCCCAUGGAGAAGGAGAGCAGGAGGGUCAAGGUGAAUUUGAGGGAUACAAAAUCCAGCAUCCAGCAGAUGGUGCAGGCCAGACUGAGAAAGAUGGAGGAGAUCAAGAACUUAGUUGACCAAAGCAAAAAAAUCACAGAGAGGGAGAUCCAGAGCAGCUCUCAGGUCUGCACCUCGCUGAUCACUGCCAUUGAGAGGCAGCAGGCCGAGCUGGUCCAGGAGCUGGAGGAGCGUCAGCAGGAAGCCGAGAGAAGAGCCGAGGAGCUGCUGGAUGAGCUGGAGAAGGAAAUCAUGGACCUGCAGCUGAGGAGCAGCGAGCUGCAGCAGCUGGAGCUCACUCCGAACCCCCUUCACCUCCUACAGAGUUUCCCAGCGCUGAGCCGACUCCCGGCCACCAGAGAGUGGUCUGAGGUGGCCGUGCACUCUGAUAACUGCGUGGGCACAGCGAGGAAAGUCGUCUCUAAGCUGGUGGACGUCUGCCAGGAAGUUGCAAACAAAGUGUCGGCAGAAGAAGCAGACAAGAUGAACCAAUAUGCAGUCGAUGUCACUCUGGAUCCUGAGACGGCUUCAGGCUGGCUGGUUCUGUCUCCAGAUGGAAAGAAGGUGAACGUCAGCGGCCAGAAGACCAGGACCAGACUGCCAGACAAUUCCCAACGCUUUGACUCCUGCGUCUGCGUUUUGGGCAAACAAAGCUUCACAUCUGGACGACGCUACUGGGUUGUUCAGGUUGGGGAUAAAACGGACUGGGAUCUCGGCGUGGCCCGGGAGUCCAUCAACAGAAAAGGCGCCAUCACGGUGCGUCCCGACAGCGGCUACUGGGCCAUCUGCCGGAGGAGAGGCGGCCCUCUGAGCGCCUGCGCCGGCCCCUCCAUCACCCUCCACCUCCAGGAAACCCCCCAGAAGGUCGGCAUCUUCCUGGACUACGAGAAAGGAUCGGUGUCCUUCUUUAAUGCAGAAGCAAAGACUCACAUUUACACGUACAGCGAGUGCUCCUUCACUGAGCCUCUGCAUCCGUACUUUAACCCGUGUGUUCCCGACAACCCGAAAAAUGUUGCGCCGCUGGUCAUCUGUCCUUUUGAUGAAAGGGAUGGACAGGACAGGACCAUUGAGUCCGAUUCAUGAUGUACGAAGACUGACGAUGCCAACUGAUGCUAGAAACAAAUCCUUUUGUUGUUCAUGAACAGUUUGACCUCGUUUUGGUUCUCGCUCAACAAGUUUUCGUCUGUGAAACACAUGACACACAAGCCUUUACUGCCUCCAAGACAAAUAAAUGUGGAACGCACUUUUAACAGUUCUUAAUUAUUCAAAUGAAUGAUUAAUGUGUACAUAAGUGUAUAUAAAAAAAAUGUACAUUGUUGAAAGCAAAUGAAAUAUUUGAAAUUCAUAUUCUGUGAAAUAAAAAACC